GGAGAUUAGAAUUGGCUGCCAGGUUGAAACUGGCACAUUGUUUUCGUCCUUUGCCCUUUUCUGUAAAGCAGCAGUCUCUGACUGUCAUUUGUUUCUCAGAGGCUUUUUGGUUGUUAGUGAUCGGAUACGUGCAUUGGCGGCCAGUUCCAAAUUCACGGCAGCAUUGUCGUGUCGAGUUGUAGGAUUUGUCUUUUCGGGUGAUUCGGAGCUCUGCUUGUACAAACAUGCAUGAUGCUGUUGCGAUAGGCAGGGAAAUACAGAAAGCUCACUUGUGCAAUUCUUCUCUCUCUUGCACUCUACCCUGCUCUCUCUCUCUCACUCUCUCUCGCUCUCUCUCCCUCUCACAUACACACACACGCUCGCACACACGCACACAACCUCCAGAUGAGUUGGUGAAAGUCCGGUGAAAGAGUUUGGCAGUCAUGCUUUUUUUUUCGGAGUCGAGGAAAGCGAACAUGACAACACGCGUGCACACACAAACACACAUGCCUGCUCAGUCUGGUGGCUUUGAUUGAGCGCCCUUGUAACAAUGAUCGCUUGGCUGCUCACUCAUCCACCCUCACAUGUUUCCUUUUUCCUCACUUCCUGUUCCUCCUCCUCCUCUUCCUCCUCUUUGUGGCCCACCAAUUACAUCAGCCCAGUUCAUGCAAACUCAGUUGAUGCAAUUGCACUGAGCAAUGGACACAGUGCCGAGAGUGAGGGAGGUGGCACUGCAUUGGUGUCACGUUCUAUGCAUUUUUGCUCUUCGCCGCCUUGUCUCCCUUCCUUUGUGUCAGACAGAACUGCGAGCUCAGAGACUACUCUCGGCACUUGACAGAGUGCAGAAGUUGGAAAGGGAGGAAAGGGAAGGGAAGCAAUACCACAUUUCACCCACAGAGUCAAACUCUCAGGUUCUUUCCAUCGGCGCAACCCUACCUCUGCAUGGACAUCAAAGCCAGCGCCUGUUGAUCCUGCAAGUCCGUCAUUAGAGAGCAGGACUUCAUGUUGGUAUUGAUUGGAGUGCAGCUUGUGCGGCGAUUCUGCUGAGGACUUUUACCAACUCCAAGUGCACAUGUCAACCCUGCAAGUGCAGUGUGUGAGGCCAUGCAGCGGAGGACUCUUGCCGAUUCCAUUUCGUAAUGGGCCUCAGAACUUCUGUUGCCCAGAGCUGGCAGUCGCAGACUUUUGUCGCUUGGUGUUGGUAGUCGCAACAAUUCGUCUACAGGAACAAUGAUGGGGAUCCAGAAACCUGUCCUGACAUGUCUGAUGUGUUGCGAGGUACUCUAAUAUGCGUUGCGGCGGGCUCUGGACGGGAACCAUUCAUGGACUUACUGGCAUGGGAGCUAUCUGUUGCUGUGCGUCUACAAGGCUGGGCGGAAUAGCAAAUGUGGAGUGCAUGGGGGCAUGGGAGGGAAUAGCAAAUGCAGAGGGCAUGUGGGGCAUCGGAGGGAAUUAUAGCAAAUGUGGAGGGCAUGUGGGCAUCGGAGGGAACUAUAGCAAAUGUGGAGGGCAUGUGGGCAUCGGGGGGAAUUAUAGCAAAUGUGGAUGGCAUGUGGGCAUCAAUCAAACAGGUGAACUUCAUGGAGGGUGGCUGGGCAACUAGCCAAGGGCUUGUGAUCUGCAGCUCUGUUCUACAGGACUGCAGUUUUGCAGUGUUGUACCUUUGGGCAUCUUGUGCGAACGGUCCAACUUCAUGGUAGAGGGUUAGGCACGCUAGUCGAGAUGCCCAAACCGAGGUUGUCCGUUCAUGGUUUGGCACUCGAGGACUGCAGUUUCACUGUGUUUUUAUGUUUGACGUUGAUGUCAACUGCAGGCCAGGCUCUCGUAAGCCUGAACGGUCAGCACAGUGAGAAAGGAAUCGUGGUUAGACCACCAGUACUUCCUGAAGUUGUGCCCGUCAACAAGCCACAAUUUUAGGAAACGUACGGGCCACUAUAGGAGUGCCCAAAUUCAUCCAACUAGAAAUGUUUCUACUCUAUCUUUUUUCCGCAGCCAAUAGCUGGGCCAAGUACUUGUGGUUUAAACCACCAGUACAUCCAGGCCUCUUUUGUACGAGGCGGAUUCCCCCAAGCUUGCCGAAACGCCGGCAUGGCAUUUUUGUUUUCUGUUUUGGCUGGCGGCGCCACCAUUUUGGUCCGGUUGCCCCGAGCCUCUGAAAUUGUAGGAGUGGGUCAAUCAUGAUUUUCAAGUUGGCUGGGGCCAUGUACUGGAGGUUCAAGUGUUUUUCACUGCUGCCCCCUUUCAGAAGUUCCGGGGAUGCACAUAGAACUGCUGGUCCGGUUUAAGCAUACCCCUUCUUGGGCUGCAGGGGGUGUAAAGAGUACAUAUGUGUUGAGAGGGGAGGGGGGGGUUGCAGAUGCACAAAGAACUCCAGUUUGUCAGUAGUUACAGUGGGGUCAGGUGUUCUGCCAUUGGCCGUUUCGCCAAAUUCCUCUCGUAGAACUGUUCAAAGCUCAGCUGCCUGAUGUUGAAGCAGGUUUCGUGCCUGUUCCAAAGGACUGCAAUUGCUUGCGGAUUUCGGACUGCAAUGAGGAUAAGCAGAGUGCUGCAUUGUCAUCCGGCCCCUCGGGACAUCCGCAUGUCCCCUGCGCAAGGAUGACUCACGUACAUCAAGAAAUGGUCCAAAUUUUUAUGGUACGGUCGUAUCAUGGCCAAUGCGCUCGAUCCCAUCGGUACUCGGAAGAAAAACAACAAAAGAAAAGGAGAGUGCUGCAUUCAGAACACGGAAGGUCAUGCUUGUUGCAAGAGAGGGUGCUGCGAAAGUGGACAGAGACAACGAGGAUAAGAAGAGUGCUUGCUGCAUCCAGAGCACGGAAAAGUUCUUCAUCAGUUAAUGAAUUCUAGUGACCGUUGAUAGGGAAGCUCUUUGGAAUCAGGGAACCUGCCCAAGCAGAAGAGAGCGACAUGUGAGGCUUUCCCUAUUGCUAGGGCGAAUCAUGGUAUGAGAUACGGAUUGGUGAUGAGGGCCAUACACAGACAUUCAGGUAGUUAUUUUGCAGGCACGCGUUUGAUCAAAUGUAAAAGCUCAGGAGGCGAGGAGCCUCGAAGACGGCUAUGUUAUGUGGACCGAAGCACUUGGUAUCAAACCGUCGAAUUUGUUUGAAGGAGUGGUAGGAUGCCGGUAAAGGUACGAUGAUUGCAAAGUUCGGUUAAAAUGACGAUUGGGAGUCGGUUCGGAACGUGGUGGAAAAUAGUCUGUCAUUGAUUCGAAGUAGCAGUAGAGGUGGUGGUCUGCAGGCGGCGAAAAGUUGCUGAGGAGUCUGAUGAUUGAAGGCUUGGUUGAGUUGCGACUGUUGCGCUGGUGCAAAGUUGCAGUGACUGGAGAAAUCCCAGUUUUGAUCACCUAAAUCCGUCGAGGCAUGCAUAUCCACCAAAAUAGUGGCGAGAAGCAGUGAGCAGGAUAAAGUUGGGGAAGACACGAAGAGCAAGGCAAGUAAAAGAAAGAGAAGGAGACGAGCGUAUCUAUCUGGACACCGAAGGACUUGAUGACAUGCUGGUGUCUAUGGACUUUCAAAUUUCAAUUGUUUGUUUUCCUUCCGGCUGUUGAUGAAGCAUGCCUGUUCUGGUUCUUCCUUAAGGCUUGAGCUGUCGCUCUA